AUGGAGUUCCUCUCCGGAUACGCCGCCGCCAAGGCCCCCUAUCUCACUUAUGAGGUCGAGCGCUCGCACCACUCGCGCCACUCAAAGCCCGGUCGCUCCAAUUCAACGUCUGGGACGGCAAAAAAGAAGCGAUCGCGCAUUCCGGGCCACACGAGGACAAGCAGUGCGAGCACCAGCAGCAGCGGCGGCCGCACUGAACACCAGGUGCCGCUGGCGCACUCCAGCGCAGGGGGCUUGCAACAGUUUCAAUCGGCCAGCGGUGCUGGAGCCGACGGCGACGGAACCGAUCCAGCUGUUGCUGCAGAGCCGACUGCCGAGCACCCGCAUCAUCACGAGCAUCGGCAUCACGAGCAGCCCCUGCAGCACCGCGGGCACGCCUCGCGCCGCGACUCGACGCGGGAGCGAGAGCGGGACCGGGAGGGGGAACGGAUGACUGCGUCGCUCAAGUACUACCAGGACAAGCAGCUGCCGGCGACGCCCCGCCUCAACACGCACGACGCCAGCUCCAAGCACGCCGGCGCUGCCCACUCUCCCGAGACCGCGUCGGCGCGCACACCGGCCUCUGCGGGCGCCUUCGCUUCGGCCUCGCUUGGCAAUUCCGGUACCGCCGUCGCCGCCGCCUCCUUGACCGACCGCCGCAUGCUCCAGCAGUCCGCCAUGUUUGCCUACUCGGACGGGGCCAAGCUGCCCCGCGCCGAGAGCGUGUCCAGCGUCUCGGGAGCCACCACGACGAGCAAUCGCACGGUGCACUCGAACGAGCCGACGUCCGAUUCCGCCCACCAACACCGGCAGUUCGUCGUCCGCAACGGACGGACCUAUCUCGCAGACCCGACCUUACCGUAUCCAUUACCCGUCGACCUCGAAGAAAUCCACCGCCAGAGCCUCAAAACCAUGCUCCUGAUGCAGCUGUUCGGGCGCCCCAUCUGCUCGCCCGCCUUCGCCAACAAACCGCCGCCUCGGAUAUUGGAAGUCGGCUGCGGAACGGGCUUCUGGAGCAUGAUGUGCUACAGAUACUACGAGGCGCGGGGCCAGCACGCCGACAUGGCAUUCACAGGCAUCGACAUCGCGUCCCUCCCUCCCAAUUCGGGUCCCAGCAGCAGCGGGACGUCCUCCUCCUCCGCCGCCCAGGGGCCCGAUCCCCGACCAGACAAGGACAUGAAUUGGCGAUUCGUGCAGCACGACCUGCGCAAACUGCCGCUCCCCUUCCCGGACGAGAGCUUCGAUUUCAUCAUGGUCAAGGACAUGGCCCUGGCCAUCACGAUCCCCAUGCAGCAAGGGCUGAUCGAAGAGUACAUCCGCGUGCUGCGGCCCGGCGGCACGCUCGAGAUCUGGGAGACCGACCACAUGCUGCGCAUGCUGCGGCCGCACGUGCCGGAUUCGGCCACCACGUCCGGACCCGCUGAUGAGUCCACCACCACCACCACCACCAACACCAGCGAAGACGACGCCGACGCCACCAACCCCGAAGCCUCCGACGAUCCCGACCACCACCACCACCAACAACAAUCACAAUCACAAUCACAACCGCAACAAAAAGACCAGCGCGGCGGCGCCUACGUCAUGACGGGCAACACGCCGCUCAGCACGCCGCUCAACAACUUCCUGGUCGAGUACAACGGGUGGGCGGCGCGGGCGCUCGAGGCGCGCGCGCUGUGCGCCAUGCCCUGCACCGUGCUGACGGGCGUGGGCAGCCGCCGGCUGGCCGUGCCGCUGUCCGAGAUCCGGUGGGAGCGCGAGGGCGUCGGCGGCGUCGUCACCAAGGACGGCAAGAGCUACGUCGAGACGGCCAGGACCGCGACGGCCCGCCGUGCCGCCGCCGGCGCCGGCGGCGGCGCAGGGGGGGCCGGGGGGGCGGACACCGGGACGGGGGCCGGGGCGGUGCCCGGGGCGGCCAAGGGCCUGGAGCCGGCGGCCGCGGCGCUGCGGCGCACCGCGCUGCUGACGGUCGUGCAGCAGAUCCAGAGCCUCGAGCCCGUCCUGAGGGAGGUCAGCGGCAAGAGCCAGGACGAGUGGGAUACCUGGCUCGGCAAGAUGAUGAACGACCUGGUCAAGGAGAACGGCACGUCCUGGGGCGAGUGUCUCGAGGUCGGCGCCUGGUGGGCGCGGAAGCGGUGAUAUUGUUGUUAUUGGCGGGCAUAACCUGGGAAGGUAAGGCCGGGGGUGAGUGGGUGAGAGAAGAGAAGAGAUUGGUACUGAAGGAGCUGAAGUGGGCUGGCUACUCUUCGUUUUCCUUCUUUGUUUGCGCUCCUAUGGGAAGAUGGUUGUUUGGUUACUUGGCUCAACGAGGGUUUGGACACGGUCGAUGUACGUUGUAUGUUGCUGCCUGUGGGGGAAAGCUAGCUCGGUUACGGUCCGGUUCUAUACUACAUUCAUGUGCUACG